AGCGGGAUGAUGAGCGGAGAAGGUGAUUAAGCGUUAUAUAUCGUACUUUCCGCCGCUAGUAGACGAAGGGUGAGAAAACCGAUUUAAUACUGAUUAAUCGCACUUUAGUCUGUAUGGUAAAUCACCAGUGCAACAUACAUUUACAAGAAGUCUCUGUCAACGUUGAAACAACUACAGAAUAUUUCCAGAGACUUUGAGAACCAGGACAGAAUGGAAAAGAAGGCUCCCUAGGAUAUAAUUACCUGAAUUUCACUAGUGAUGAGUUCGUUUACACUGGUAAUCGCCUUGCCUAGAAACUCGUUACACUAUCUAGGGUCUGCACCAAGGAGAAAUAUGUACUAGAGACCGGAAUUGCCAAACAUAUUACUUGAGAAGAAAAACAACGCCAAGGCAAUAAAAUCAAAGAUGAGUUGUAACCGGAAGUUUCACGCCUAGCACUAGUUGGAGGAUAUGUGACAAAUUAGAAAAAUUCAUGAAAACCCGCUCGUAAACAACUUUAAAAAAAUUCCGACAGACUUGCUCACCAGUCGGCAGGGACUCUAAAAGUCGGGCCACGAGGAUAGCAGGCAGGGUAGGAAGUUUUGAAAGGUGUGAGAAAUCUGACGAAUUUUGCUCGGAUAGAUUGCCAACAACGUUCUGCCUUGACCCUUGAUAUUCAGCAAAAGCCAUGUUGUUUUACCCCUAUACUCUGCGUCAAAUGAGGGAGGGGGACGAUGAAUCGGAAAACGAAGAAGAGAAUAAAAAACACCGUCACAGGAACAACGACGGUAAAUCUGGGGCCAGAAGACAUCAGAAGAAGAACCCAGAAAAAAAGACUCCGAGGAUGCCCGUGACGCAGCAAAUCACGAAGACAGUCAAAGUCACGUCGUCAGGGGGCGCUAGGACCGUGAAGAUGGACGGACUGAGGGACUGGUCCUCGGGAAUCUUUGGCUGUUUCUCAGACGUAAAAAGUUGUCUUUGUGGUCUGUUUUGUUUCCCGUGUUUGACGUGCCAGACGUCAACCAGGAUGGGGGAGCACUGCUGUGUCCCUUUCAUGGUCCCUGGGGGACUGAUCACGCUCAGGACACGACUCAGAUCCAUGCUGGGCAUAGAGGGUACGAUAUGCGGCGACUGUUGCGCCACGGUGUGGUGCCCGUUGUGUGUCACGUGUCAGAUGAAGCGAGAAAUGGACAGCGCCGGCUGGUGACGAAAAUCUCGACGGUGGUGGCAUCUAUAGCGCAUUCAGCGAAAGGACAGUGCAGCCAUCUAUCAUCUGGACAAAUUAACGUUUUUGCGCUGAACAUCGUACAUAUCGGUGACAAAUAUUUACUACAGGGCAGUUAAUGAAAUAUUUUUCAAUUUGAGGAGCGCUUUAUACAUUUGUAUAUUAGACCAAUAUUUGUACUGAAAGUGACAUAUGAAUGUCUAGGGACUGCACUUUCACAAUAUUGAACUGAUAGAUUUUAAAUAUUAAAGGGAUGACCGCUCUUCAUUUAGGCAGAUUUUCUCUAGGGUAAACGAAAAUUUCUUGCACUUUCAAUGGUUAAUGAAUCCGUUCAGACAUUGAAAGUAAGCCGAUUUUUUAAGCGUGGCUUUUGUAAUAAUCUCUUUA